CCAGGCCCGCCGCGUGUCCGGCCUCCGCCGCGGCGGGGAGCGGGCCCCAGGUUCCCUUCUCCUACCGAGGUCCAUGCCUCUCGCCUCGAAGAGACGAUGGCUCCUCCUGGGCCGGAGCCGUGGUCAGGGGCUGGCAGCCAGGCCGCGGCCCCCGGCCCCGCCUCCGGCCUGACCGCCGGUUUCGGCCUGCAGGGGGCGUUGAGGCGGCGGCGCGGGCUUCGCGCGUGCGGGGAGCGACCCGGUGGGAGUCUGGCAGCUCGGGGCGCGCGGCGCGCGGUAGGGGCCGGCCGGGCGGGCUAGGGUCCCGGCGCUCGGCGGGGGAGCGCGGGCACUCCAGCCGCGAUCCCGGGUGACUCCCUCAGUGACGCCAGGCCCGCUCCUUCCUCUUCCUCUCGCCGCCCCGGCCCCGCCUUCCCUUCCCUCCGCCCACCUCCCCGAAGCGGAGCCGCCGCCGCCAGCAGCGCCGUCAUGUCGGUCCCCGCCGGAUCCCCUCAUCCGGCCGCCAGCGCCCGCAUCCCGCCCAAGCUUGGCGGAGCCGCCUCCUCGGGAGCCGCCGCGCCCGCGGCCCCGUGCUCGGCGCCGCACCAGCAGAAUGGUCCAGCACAGAAUCAAAUGCAAGUUCCAUCCGGGUAUGGAUUGCAUCCUCAAAACUAUAUUGCUUCCUCAGGACAGUACUCUCAAGGACCUGCGAAAGUGACCUCAUUGCCAUUGGGUGGCCAGAGUGUUGAUUACUACUUUGGUUUGUGUACAGUACCAGCACAGAAUGUGGUAACUCCUAACACAGCCAACCAACAAUCAGGAGCACAGCAGAUGUAUGGCACGGAUCCUCCUGCCCCUCAGGUUGUGGGAUCUGCCCCAGGAUCUUUCCAGGGUGCCACGUCAUCAGCAUCCUGUUUGCAUACAAGUGCCUCCCAGCCAUACUCCUCUUUUGUGAAUCACUACAAUAGUCCAGUCUUGUACUCUGCCAACCCUUCCGUUGCUUCUCAGGGAUUUCCCUCUAGAUGUGGUCACUAUGCUAUGUCAACUGUUUCUAAUACUGCAUAUCCUACUGUUUCAUAUCCUUUGCCUGCUGGUGAUCCAUUUGGGCAACAAAUGCUUACCUCACAGAAUGCUCCAACUUUAAGGCCGGUUAGAGAUAAUUCAUUUUCUGGUCAAAAUAUAGCUGUCAGCCAUCCAUCACCACUUCCGCCUCUGCUGUCACACCAGUACCACCAGCAGCAAAGCCUUUCAGGGUACAGUGCUCCCUCGUGGCCGGCUUCAGGCAUUCCAUCAACCCAAGACAGUUUCAUCAGAAACCACCCUCGCUCUCUAGCCACAGCCAACAGCAACCCAACAAAUACUGUUGCAGAGUCUUUAUCCUGUCCUGUUAUACAAAAUGUUCAGCCUCCCAAGUCCAGCGCAGUAGUAUCCACUGUUUUGUCAGGAGCCUCAUUGGCCAGAAUGCCUCCUGCUGCAAAUCAAGCCCCCAUUCAGCCUGUGGCCUCAGGAACACAGCCGUCAGAGCUCCUACUGCAGAAAGGCACAGUCGCAGGGGGGCCAUCAGGCAUGCAGUAUGGUGAAUAUGUUAAUAAUCAAGCUAGCUCCGCACCAACUCCCUUGUCAUCAACUUCCGAUGAUGAGGAAGAGGAGGAGGAGGAUGAGGAAGCAGGUGUUGACAGCUCUUCUACCACAAGCAGUGCUUCUCCAGUGCCUAACAGUUACGAGGCCCUAGAAGGAGGCAGCUACCCAGAUAUGCUUUCUUCAUCAGCAAGCAGUCCUGCUCCUGAUCCCACUCCUGAACCUGACCCUGCCCCGGCUCCAGUUCCCACUGCUCCUCAGCCUUCAAAAAUGGCUAAGCCAUUUGGAUAUGGUUAUCCAAUUCUUCAGCCUGGUUAUCAGAAUGCUACAGCACCACUUAAUUCUGGAGUACCAUCCAGUAGCCCAGCGUAUUCUGGAUUCCAGCAGUAUGCUCAA